AUGGGAACGUCACCCGAUCCACUAUUUGUACUGAGAGGCUCCGAUGGCCCUAUUAAUACUCUGCAGUUUUGUUCAGGCAGUUCUACAGAACCAUUCAUUCUAUCAGGCUGUGGAAAUGGAUUAGUACAAUUAUGGAAUCUACAGACGAGAAGACUUCAAUCUACUGUCGAAGUGCAUGAUGGGAAUGGUAUUUUAUGGGCUAAUAUGAUUGACAAUGGUAAAUUCAUCAGUCAAGGGCGAGACUGUAGAAUAAAAUGCUGGGAUUUGUCGAAAGGUCACUGUGAUGUUAUCUCAACCUUUUCUUACGAUGCUGCAGGAUUUUGCCAGUGUACCUUUUCAAAGAAAGCCAAUAUGCUGGCUGUUCCUGGGAAGGAGCCCUCUGUAGUUGACAUUUAUAAAUUUGAGACAGCUGAAAAAAUCUCAUCAUUAGUACCCAUAGAGGGCGCAAGAGCGCUAGGUAUGGUAAUGAGGAUGAAGUUUGUCUCCUCAUCCGAAGAUAGACCAUGCCUACUUGCUGGUUAUGAAGAUGGGAGCAUUGCAUUGUGGGAUAUAUCUAUGGUAAAAAUUCUCAAUCGUGUCAAAGUUCAUAAUGAGUCAGUGAUGGGAUUGGACUAUUCCAUUUCUCAGCGGCGGGGUGUAUCUGGUUCUGCGGAUGACAAGCUAUCAUCAUGGUUUGUGAACGAGGCUAUGGAAAUAAAAUGUGAAACCAAAUUGACUCUAACUAACGCUGGGAUAUCAGACGUUAAUAUUCGAGAUGAUGACAGAAUUUUAGCAACUGCAGGAUGGGAUUCUAGAAUCAGGAUUUUUAGUUUUAAAAAAUUGAAACCUCUAGCAGUGUUGUGUUACCAUAGAGACACUGUACAUUGUCUUGCGUUCUCCACACUGCAAGGAUAUCCUGGAUUGCUGGCAGCUGGCUCCAAGGACAAACAUAUCAGUUUUUGGUCCAUUUACAAUGAUUUGUAA